UAAACGUUGACAUUUUGAUCUGAACCUGCAAUUCUAUUAUAUUGUCUUCGCUCCGUUGCUAAUGUGAAGGUCAAUCUUUAAUUAAAAGCGAAAGUAGAACUUAAACAGACAAGGGAAACUACGUGUCUGUUUGCAGUGAUGAGCUCGUCGGUAGAAGAUGUUGAAUUCAAGCCGUAUGAAAGGGAAGCAGUUGAAGCAGAAGAAAACGUACGCAGUGAGAAUGUACAACUACUGAUCGAUAUAGCCCACUUAUGUAACAGGAAGGACAGGACAAGAGUGGAGAAUAUAUUUCUACUGGGGAAGAGUGGAGCUGGUAAAAGUGCCCUUGUUAACACAGUGAUCAAAGUCAUUGCUGGCAAAUAUUUACCAAAGGCUAAAGUUGGAGCAGGUGUUACACAGUCAAAGACUUUAACACUGGAAAGAUAUAAAAGUUGUGGUGUAACAAGAGAAGAUCUUACUGUUGGUACACAACGAGAUCUGGUACAGGGCAUGUUACGGAAACUGCCUACUAUACUCGAUGCAGCAGGAAAAGGUGACAUUAACACGGAGUCUCUAAGAGAAAUACUUGAACUGCUUAUAGGAGGUUACAUUCCUCCUGGUACUAGCAUAGAGGCCCUGGAAAAUUUACAGAAGGAAUACCGUGUUGGUGCUCUCAAGGACAUAAUCUACACACAGCCCCAAGAAGACUGGAAAGUAACCAAGGUUGUGUUUGUGCAGAGUUGUCGAGAUGCAGUACCACAGAACUUAGUUGAAUGUCUCCAUACAGUGCUAAAAACUACAGACCCUAAAACUGCACAACCUUUAUACACUGGCGACGUCUUCGUCGUCAUUACCAAAUACGACUUGGUGAAGGACCAGAGCAAGUAUGACUCCCCUUCCAGUGAGCAGACGGUAACCAUGGAAGAAUUUGAAAGCGUGGAAAACACGGUCGCUGAGGUGUUCAAUAUCAAAGGUGCUCUGAAUGAUAACAGGAUACGAUGGGUUAGCUACACCGACAUGGUCGACACGGAUAAUCCAUACAUAGACAACAUCGCACUCAAGUUCAUUAAACGCAUGGUCACACCGGGAAACCAGAGGGAAGAGGUCGUGAAACCCGUGAUAACACAGUCGACCAAAAUGAUGCUAGAAGCAAGGAAAUGGUGGCAAGAUCAAACUUUCUCGCUCUCGCAAGUACUUCUGAUUAUAGUUAGUCUAUUUGUUGCGCUGCUGCUGUACAAGUUGUUUACGGCACCACUUUAGACAUGGCAAAAUAUGAGCUGUACAUCAACUGAUAUAAACAUUUUGUUUGAAAGAUUGCUUUGUCUGGCAAUAACCAGUCCUAAAAGUGUAUCGAAUUUUUGAAUACCUAAGUAUAAACUUUUCAACUACUCUUUCAUAUUAUAUAUGAGUAGAAGAUUUGCAAUUCAGAGCACCCCAUUCGCGUUAUAAAUGAAGUGCGUUUUUAAAUAAGCUGUGGUACAUGACCAUUCAGUCAAUACUGUAUUAUUGAAUUAAUCAAAACGUAACGUAAAUUACUGAAAUAUGUUUUAAUUGUAGCAUUUGGUACCACAAGCUAGCUUUUUAGCAAUGUAAUUUUGAUUGAUGUAAUUUACCAAAGAUUUGGUCUCUAAUUAAAGUAUUCAUUGAUAAUUCUAUAUUGAUGCAUAUAUAUGACAAUAUUAUUACUUUUGUUUGAUAUGUUUGGAAAUAAGGGUGUAACACAUGUCUGAAAGAAUCUGUUUGUUAACACAUGCUCUCCCUUGGGUUGAGAAUUUGAUUACAUUUUCUCCACAAGAAAAUCAUGUUUUCUAGAUUCAGCAAACCGUACAUAUAUCUGUGAUUUUUUGCAUUAAGUGUGCCUUCUUAUCAGACAGAAGAUAUGGAACAUAGUGGAAUUGGGAAAAAAAAAUACGUAUUUUAAACUGUGAAAUAUACACGUUUCCUUCAUUACUCGUAAUUAAACGUGUGACCUUUAGUGUAGGGAAUAUAUAGCAUACACAUACUGAACUGAAGUUGCAAGAUUGGCCUAGAACAUAUCAUGAGAUCGUUACAAUUAGCUAAUCUUUCCUUCUAAAAAGAAGCAUCACUUUAAACAAUUGACAUUAGUGGCAUAUCGCCAGAUCAACAUCAACAUUUCAAAUCUUAAAACGUGUAUCAUUUGAUACUAGAUAUCAAAAAUGAUAAACCGGUAUUGUGUAACAUAGUUUAGGUCGUGUGUAUGAUGACUGUACAAUCAAAUUCCUUUCUUGCAUCAAUUACCACCUUUGGGAAUUGUCUAUAUAUUUAGUGACUAAAUUAAGUGUUAUUAUGUGAAAAAGGUCCAAAUAUAGCUUUCUAUUGGAACCACGAACUGAAUGAAGUAUUUUCUACUUUUCUAAAUAUUUGACUAAAAUCUGAAUUUGGGCCGUUCUAGCAGACAGCACAGUUAUAUAAACUAGCUGUUUUUAUUUAGGGCCCAGACUGUCAAAAACAGAUGUUUAACAUUAGGUAUACCUCCAACAAUUUAGGGGCCCUGCCCAAAAUCUAGGGGUCAUGGGCUACUGGCCCCCUACUAAUUUAUAUCCCUGCAGCGUGAUACGGGAUAUGUGCGGAUGAUAUGGGAUAUGUGUGGAUGAAACGGGAAAUGUGUGGAUGAUAUGGGAAAUGUCUGGAUGAAACGGGGGAUGAAACGGGAAAUGUGUGGAUGAUAUGGGAAAUGUCUGGAUGAAACGGGAUAUGUGUUGAUGAUAUGAAAUAUAUGAGGACAACGUGUUUAAAAUCAGGAUAUAUCAUUUUCAUACCAAAGGCCAAUCGUUUUUGACCUUUGACUUGCAAGCUUUAUUACAUGACACCAGAAAUCUACUUUUACAGUUUCAGUUUUUAAUUUUUGACUAAUUUACCCAGAAAACUUAUGCUGAAUACAGAACUGUCUUAUGGCACAAACUAUGGAUCGGGGAUUUAUAUAAGGAGACAUGUAACAAAAUAUAGGUUGUAUUUUGUAUAGGUUGUAUUUAUAGAUUAUAUUUUGUUACUUCGCAUUAUUUCGGUUAAAUUCUAGUCAGCUUAGAGCAUGGUCAGAUAAAGUAGACAGAUGUUCAAGUUCGCCUGUCUUUUAAAGUCGUUAGAAACAAAUGAGCCGUGCCAUGAGAAAAUCAACAUAGUGGCUUUGCGACCUGUAUGCGGUUCGCUUUCAAAGUCUGUUGCAAUUAGAGAAAUGGUUAGCGAACAGCAAUGAUCCUGACCAGACUUCGCGGAUGCGCAGGUUGGACUUGAUCCAUGCUGGUCGCAAAGCCACUAUGUUGGUUUUCUCAUGGCACGGCUCAAAUGAUGUGAUACUGUACUUAAAUGUUGAAAUCACUGAGACAAUCAUGUUAACAGCAACGAGACAUGCGUAAUAUAGUUCAGUACUGAACGUAAAGUUAAAGACAAGCAAACGAUAGCAUUCAUGUAGAGGUAGGCAAAUUGUUCUUUAUUGUAGUGAUUCAAAAUUGUCAAAACUAAUGACUGCAUAUUGAAGUCAUUAUAUAAUCGCUCACUUCUUGAUUGUAAUACCGGAAAAAAUAACUGAACAAGUACUAGUAAAUUCUUGUGUUCCAAUGGUUUCGGAUACGUUUGGGACAAUUUAUUUGCAGUUAAUACAAAGUUUAGUAUAACUAUUUAUAAGCAAAAACUAUAAUUGGUUGUUUUGUGCAAGACUGGUUAGAUAAUAUCAAUGUAAACAGAACACUGUCAUUCUAUAAAUAUAUUAAAACAGAAUUUAGUUAUACUAAAGCAGUUAUCAAAGUGCAAACGAUUUGCUUUAAAUAAAUUGCACGUGUCUGCACAUAGUCUUAGGAUAAGAAGGGGCCGUUCUGGCCCUGAUAGGCUCAGCAGGGAAGAUAAAGUGAUGCUGAAAAUGGAGAUUUAAAGAACGAGUAUCGCUUGGUGUAGAAAGGUGCAAAUAAUUGUAUUCAUAUUUGAAAGGAACUCAUUCCUAAACUGGAAAAGAUCUAAUAUAAGCCUAUUUAUAGAACUGUUGAACUCUGAAAAUGAAAAGACAUUGAUAAAAUUGGCGACUUGUAUCAUACUAUCAAAAGCGAAUGAAAUUGAAAAUAACUGUAUAAAUAAUGUGAUGUAAAUGUAUUGCCAGUAUUGUUCUCCACUCUCCGUACUGAUUUAUGAAUUUUUCAUUAUGCAGAUGUUUUAAUAAUGUAAUUCUUAUAUAUGAUAUUGUUGUAUUUUAUCACUAUUUGUGUGUUUGGAAAAGGAACUUCGGUGCAGUUCCUAGAAAAGCUAAAUCUGUGUUCUCUUCUGUAAAGCUCGAGAGAUGUAAUGUAUGAUGUAAAUAUAUUACCCUAAAGAUUGUUUUGGAUUUUGGUAUUUUUCUGUCUGUUGAUUAUGUAUAGUAUUCGUUGUGUUUUUGUUGUCAUAACUUUUGAGCGUGCAUUUCACUACUUCAAAUCGAGUAUGCUAGUUAUUGUGCUUGGUUGUGUUCUAUGCUUUUGUAGAUUUUGUUUAUUGUGUACUUAAUGAUUAUGACAUGACUUGUCAAUGGCAUUGUAUUUGUUAUAUUAUGUACGCAUUAAGUCAAAAUAUGAUAUUAAAAUACUGUGUUAAAACAUAUCGAGGGCUUGGCGCAAAACUGUUGUAUCUUCUUCUUUAUUUAUAUACACUUACAAUAGUUUUGCACCAAUCCCUCGAUAUGAUAUGUUAAAUAAUUCAAAAUAAUGGUAAUGUCUUACAAUUAGCGUGAAAUAUUCGGUUCACUUUAAUCAUGGUCAAAUAUCUCAAAAAUAAGCAUACGGACCUAUACAUUUUAUUUCACCAUACUAUAGGCAAUAUGUUUAUUUACAAUUCUGAGAUGUUUCUUCAAAAUCUACGUUUUAGAAAAAAUUUUAUUCGCGAAAAUGUUUUGAUAGUUAUAAUUUUCCCAUAGACUGCCAUUAUGAAAAAUUGCGUGAGGUCAAAAUUUUUCAAAUAAGUCUAGCAAAAAAUCAAGCACACGACCCUAUCCUUUUUAUUUGCUGUGUUUUCUAGGUAUAUUCUGAAGUUUUGAAAAAUCAGUGCUUAAUCAAAUUCUACAUGGUAGAAAAAGUUUCGAUCCAAAAGUGCAGAACUAUCUUAAUAUACUGUAUACAUACAGUCUGCAUAUGAAAUCUUGUGCGCGACUAAUCUCCCGAACCCUUGCACACAUUUUAAUGAAACUUCACAUAACUGCAUGACCAGUACCAACCCUAGUUGUGCAUGGUGCAUGUUAGAUCCUUUCAGACAAAAAUUCUGCAGAGUUAUGGGAUUUCGAUUUUCGUUACUAUACUAUAUACAUACAGUCCAUAUAAUUAUGCAAUUUUGUGUGCGUCAAAUUUCAAAGUACUUUGUCAGUGAGUGCGGGGGAUGGGGGUGGGGGUACAUUCAUCACCUUUAGUGAUAGCUCUUGAUAAAUUAUAUUUUAAGAGUUUUAAGAAUUUCUGACAAAUACAUCCAGUUGCUCAAAACAGCUGAUUAUGCUACCCGUUGAUUGACGUUUGACAUUUCGACAUUUUACAAGACUUUAUAAAUUAAGGAUUAUGAACACUAAAAUGUAAAACAGAACAUCAAAGAAGUGAUCCCCACAAAGACAAAUAUUAAACAGUCGGUUAAAAUUUCCAAAACCUGGUCCAAGUUUAUUCGUUUAAUGCAGUUUCACACCAGUUAAAUUUAUAUUAAAAGUCACUUUAAUGUACAGCUUUGUUUUAAUAAACCACCGAAUUCAUGUAAUAAAUGAUUUUCUCUUCUUUCGUUCAAAA